GGCGUCUUGGCCCAACGACCGCCGGCGCUGGUUUAUGUUCGGCCGCUGGGUCGCUGACGUGUCGCGGAAGGUACCGAGCUUGUUGAAGCGGGUCUCGCUGGAGAUGAAGCCGCAGGUCGUGUUCGUGUUGGGCGGGCCCGGUGCCGGGAAAGGGACCCAGUGCUCCAGGAUCGUGGAGAACUACAGCUACACUCACCUGUCAGCCGGGGACUUGCUGAGGGAAGAGCGGGCCAGAGAGGGCUCCGAGUUCGGACAGCUCAUCGACAACCACAUCAAGGAAGGCCAAAUCGUUCCGGUGCAGAUCACCAUCAACUUACUUAAAAAGGCCAUGGAAGACACUAUGCAGAAGGACGAGACAAAAUUCCGUUUCCUGAUUGACGGUUUUCCCCGGAACGAGGACAACCUCCAGGGCUGGAACACCGUCAUGGACGGAAAAGCGGACGUCAAGUUUGUGCUCUUCUUUGACUGCGACAAUAAGGUCUGCAUCCAAAGGUGUCUAGAGAGAGGGAAGAGCAGCGGGCGCACCGACGACAACAGGGAGAGUCUGGAGAAGAGAAUCCAAACCUACCUUCAGUCCACGCGACCAAUUAUCCAGCUGUAUGAGAAGCUCGGCAAGGUGCGGACGGUGGACGCGUCUCGUUCUGUGGACGAGGUGUUUGCUGAAGUCAAGGCCAUCUUGGACAAAGAGGGUUGAUCGCCUCCGUCCAGAAGCAUCAUUUAUGUUUUACUUCUCUUUUUAUUACAUGUAAUUAUAUGGUCAUUCUUACUGGAUGUUCUGUUUGGUUUCUUCUGUCUUCUGUAAAUGCCUGUGAUGAGGAACCAUGUUCAGUAGCUGCUGCUGGGCCCUUUCUGUCUCUGUGGUCUCAAUCCUCUGCAGAGGAACUGAGAGCGUCUGAGGAGGAUCUGUGGAGCUUCAUCCUCUCAUCAUCUACUGCAUCUCAUCCAGCUGCUGAGGCGGACUCGGUCCUCUGAUCUCACAAACCUUUGUGGACCUGAACAAACAUCUACCGAGUCCCGUCAAACGAAGACUUUCGCGGCGCUUUGGCAUUUAGAAAUUCGGCUGUGUCACCGUGAUGGAUAUGAAACUGGCUGACCAAAUCUUCUGAUUAUUUAUGAUCUUUAGAUCUAAAAUAUGCAUUUGGAUGAAAUGUUUGUUUUGAAACUGUCAAUUUCCCAUCAAGUCUGUUUUAUUUUCUUUUAUGAAUCGAACCAACAUAAAAAUCCACAAUAGAAACAAUAAAUGUUCCAAAUACUGACA